UACCGUUUCUAAGAACUGGGAGGGCCCGACUUUUGUAAAGGGGGGGUACCGGUUAUAAAUAUGUAGAGCGAUAGAAACCAGCUCAUACCAGCCUAAGAUGUUUUUCGUUUGGGAUGCUGCAUAAAUUCAAUUGGUGCCUAACGAGUUCGGAUACCGGGCACGGUUCUGGAGGGUUGAUUUUAUUCCAUCUACCUUCAUCCCUCCGGGCUGAUCGUUUACCAUCUAGCCGGUAACGCAUCUUCUGAACUUGGGGCAUAUUUUCCGGAAACAAAGUGCUCCAAGAUGUCUGUGGCGGACAGUUCCAAACUGAACAAGACUGUGAGGGAGGUGUAUAUGAAACUUCCUCAGGGAGACCAGGUGCAGGUCACUUAUGUGUGGAUUGAUGGCACGGGAGAGGGACUUCGGAGCAAAACCAAGACACUUGACUAUGAACCAAAGUGUGUAAAAGACAUUCCAGAGUGGAACUUCGAUGGAUCCAGCACUUACCAAGCGGAGGGUUCCAAUAGUGACAUGUACCUCAUCCCAUGCCAUAUGUUCAGAGACCCUUUUUGCCUGGACCCAAACAAGCUGGUCCUGUGUGAAGUCCUCAAGUAUAACAGAAAACCAGCAGAAACAAACGGGAGGAUGACAUGUAGCAAGGUCAUGGAAAAGGCGAAGGACAGCUACCCUUGGUUUGGCAUGGAGCAGGAGUACACCCUGAUGGGCAUCGAUGGGCGCCCCUAUGGUUGGCCAAAAAAUGGCUUUCCAGGGCCCCAAGGUCCAUAUUAUUGUGGAGUUGGAGCAGACAACGUCUACGGCAGAGAUAUUGUAGAAUGUCAUUACAGAGCUUGCUUAUAUGCUGGAGUUAAGAUAGCAGGAACAAAUGCAGAGGUCAUGCCAUCACAGUGGGAAUUCCAGGUUGGGCCUUGCGAAGGUAUUGACAUGGGUGACCACUUAUGGAUGGCAAGAUUCCUGCUGCACAGGGUCUGUGAAGACUUUGGAGUUGUUGCUACACUAGACCCCAAACCAAUAACUGGUAACUGGAACGGUGCAGGCUGUCACACCAACUACAGCACAGAGGAAAUGAGGAAACCAGGGGGACUCAAACACAUAGAAAGUGCUAUUGAAAAACUCAGCAAGAGGCACGAACACCACAUCAAGGCCUAUGAUCCUAAAGGAGGGGCUGACAACUCCAGGAGACUUACUGGUCAUCAUGAAACUUCUAGUAUCUUCGACUUUACAGCUGGCGUGGCCAACAGAGGAGCUAGUAUAAGGAUUCCACGUCAGGUUGGGCAGGAUGGUUUUGGCUAUUUUGAAGACAGGAGACCCGCAGCUAACUGUGACCCUUAUGUUGUGACAGAGGUCAUUGUUAGAACUACCAUUCUUAAUGAAACGGAUGAUCACCCAAUAGAAGUUUGAAAGUAGUACAGUUUUUACUAGUUUCUGUUUUGGACACACAACUCUCAACAGCUUUUUGCUGUAUGGGUUCUAGACUUUGACAUCAGUUGAGUGUGUUGCGUAGUAUUUUAUUGAAUAUUAAAAGGGUGCUGUUAUAAGCUGUCUGCAGGUGCCUUAAGUGUUUACACUGUCUGGCAGAUUGCACAAAAUAUGCCGGCUAAAAAUGUUCAAAAUAUUUUACCUGUCUUACAGCAAAUGGAUAACUACACAUUUUUAGCAACUGUGGUGUAGAUGAAAAAAGUGACACACAGCUGCAAUGUGAUUAUGUAAUCAUAGCAUCAAAUUAUUACUCACUUUUUUGAUUUUUAAGUAUAUAUAUAUCCUAGCAUUUUAAAUAUUGUCAACAUGGGUAUAAGCUGAGGUGCUAGUAAGAAGUGUUUUGCUGUUCAUUACCUGUGUUUAAUAAAAUCCGCUUCUAUGUGCCAAAAGUGAGUAAUAAUUUGAUAUUUUGCAUAAAAUACGAAAGAGGUGUUCACAAUCACAGCAGCAGCCUGUUAUGGUUCACAUUAUCACUCUAUUGUUGACACAAGUGGAGAACAGCACACUUUUAUCACUGAAAUCGUGCUCUUCCUUUUUAAGAUGCUUCUAACUUUCUCGACUCUAAAGUUCUUUAGAAACAGAAGGCUUAAUGCUGUACUGGCCUUAUCUUAAUUUCUAUGUAGCUAGGUGGAAGAGACUAAACUUUUCUUUAGCCAGCUCUCAAUGAGUCAUGAAAGUCUGUGGGUGGUGACCUUUUGCAGCUCUGCCUGUUAUGUACUGGCACUAGAAUAAAAACUGAAUAGAGAAGGGACACCGCCAACGAAAGGCGUCUUAUUUAAGGGAUUGUUGGAAUUUUCACCAGUUUUUCAUUCCAAGAAUGUGGUUAAUGAGCUCACUGGAAUAAAGAUUAUUGUAAUUUGUUUUACAGAAUAUCUGAAUUCAUUUUCUGUUAUGUUAAAAAAUGUUAAGUCUGACAUUAAAAGUUUGUUUUAUUGGA